AUGGUGGUGACCAAGGACGAGUACGAAAAAUGCCAUUCUGCUCAUCCCAUCUUCUUCUCCAACAAUGGUGUGACCGUGUUCACAUUGGACCGGCCUGGUUUGUUCUAUUUCAUUAGUGGGGUUUCUGGGCACUGCGAGAGAGGCCAGAAGAUGAUCAUCAAGGUCUUGGAACCAGCAGGCCCACCUCAAUCUGGUGACCAGAAGGAGCAGAAGAAUGAUGCUGCAGUUGCAAUGGCCGCCAUCACUUCUGCAACUCUCAUGUCCUGCAUUAUGUCAUUUGUGGGGAUUUCAACUACCAAAGACUCGGUGAUGGUGGUGACCAAGGACGAGUACGAAAAAUGCCAUUCUGCUCAUCCCAUCUUCUUCUCCAACAAUGGUGUGACCGUGUUCACAUUGGACCGGCCUGGUUUGUUCUAUUUCAUUAGUGGGGUUUCUGGGCACUGCGAGAGAGGCCAGAAGAUGAUCAUCAAGGUCUUGGAACCAGCAGGCCCACCUCAAUCUGGUGACCAGAAGGAGCAGAAGAAUGAUGCUGCAGUUGCAAUGGCCGCCAUCACUUCUGCAACUCUCAUGUCCUGCAUUAUGUCAUUUGUGGGGAUUUCAACUACCAAAGACUCGGUGAUGGUGGUGACCAAGGACGAGUACGAAAAAUGCCAUUCUGCUCAUCCCAUCUUCUUCUCCAACAAUGGUGUGACCGUGUUCACAUUGGACCGGCCUGGUUUGUUCUAUUUCAUUAGUGGGGUUUCUGGGCACUGCGAGAGAGGCCAGAAGAUGAUCAUCAAGGUCUUGGAACCAGCAGGCCCACCUCAAUCUGGUGACCAGAACGAGCAGAAGAAUGAUGCUGCAGUUGCAAUGGCCGCCAUCACGUCUGCAACUCUCAUGUAUAACCGCCGUCCCAGAUUAAAAGAAUCUCCUACGACAUCGAGCAGAUCCAAGCUACCAGGAGUUACCCGACCUGACAGGCCUGGACUUGAUCUAAGUAAACAACCUUCUGUUGUCCUUAUCUUGUAG